AUGACAAUACUUUACAUUCAUGUUCAUGAAUUAACACAUGCUAACAGUUCCAGCAUUUCUUUCUGCAAAGCAACCACUACGAAAAUGUUUCUUGGAGGCUUAACUGAGAUUGAAGCUGCAACUCCAGAAAUCCAGGAGAUUGUUGAUGAGGUAAAACCUCAGUAUGAAGAAAAGACCAAUGAAAAAUAUGAGCAAUUUCAGGCUGUGAGUUACAAACAACAAAUAGUUGAGGGACGCGUGUACUAUGUAAAGGUCGCUCUUGGGAACGAGCGAUAUUCACAUUUGAAAAUAUACAGAUAUCUCCCUCACAGAAAUAAGCCAUUGGAGCUAUUGAAAUUCCAGACCGGCAAAACCAAGGAUGAUGAAGUGACUUCCUUUUAG